AUGGACCGUAUCUCUGAGUUGCCGGAAGUUGUUCUGCAAUACAUCCUGUCAUUCCUCCCCAUCAAACAAGUUGUUCAAUCUACUGUCUUGUCCACCAGAUGGAAACACAUAUGGACUACAUUCCCAAAUCUUGUGUUUGAUGAAACUUACUUUGACACAACAUUGUGGUGGUCUCCAAAAAACAAGAAAAAUCCGGAGGUCCAGAAAGCCACCAUAGUUGAUAGUGAUGUCGAAGAGCUGAAUCUUGAGUUUGGAUAUUUCGGCAUAGAUUAUAUAUUGCCUCAGAGAGUUUUGGUUGCAAAAUCGUUGACUGUGUUGAUACUAUACAAGUGUAAGUUGGAGUCAACUUGUGGUGAUAUAUACCUACCCUCUUUGAAAAAACUCUCUUUAUCUCAUGUUGAUGCAGAUGAUCAAAUUUUUCAGAACUUAAUUGCUGGGUGUCCUGUUAUAGAAUCCAUGAUGUUUAGAGAAUGUAGAGGGCUUAAAAGUAUAAAGGCGUCCAAUGUUCCCAAAGUCAUGGCGAUUACAUUAGAAGGCAAUGCCCUUGAGAGUCUUGAGUUGGAAGCAUUUAAUCUUUAUUAUCUAUCUAUGCGUCAAGUGACGAUAGGAUCAGGGUUCAAUCUACUUCAUUGUAAAAAUUUAAGACUAUUAAGUUUAUGUGUUGUUUACAUUUCAAACGAGUGGCUCAAUAACAAUCUUCCUGGGCUUGCACUCCUCGAGAAAUUGGAGCUAAAAAUUUGCUUUGAGCUGAAAACAAUAAAGAUUUCAAAUCAUCAUCUUAAAUCAUUGGAUUUAGAUAGAUGCGCCUAUCUGAUUGAGGUCGAGAUUGAUGCUCCUAAAUUAUCUACAUUCAUAUAUUAUGGAACUUAUCAAGCAUCUAUUUCAUCAAAUGCUUUGGCUCUAUCACAAGCUACCUACAAUCUGAGAUGUCUUAAUGUUCCUGAUCCUACGGAUGUUGAGAAGAUUGAAUUCCUCUCAAAGCUGAGUAAUUCUAAAUUAUUGGAACUUAGUGUUCAACGGGCUGAGAAUGCAAUUAUUCCAAAAGAACUUAGAGAAACCCUACCAUCACCAUCAUAUAAUGUUAAGCAUUUAAUGGUAUCAAUAUCUAAGUCAUUUACAAGAGAUGAAAUAGGUGAGCUUGUAGAUAGCUUGCUUUGGAUUUCUCCUCUUCCAGACAUUUUAUCAAUGGAAUGCAGCAAAAAUUCAAAACCUGAUUUUGACCAAAUAUCUCUCAAGUUCUUCAAACAAAGUUAUAAUUGUAAAACAACACCAUUCUUGUUAUAUGCUUUUGCUUCUCAUGCUAGGCAAGCUACUUUUGAUGUGGUGGAAAUUCUUGUUAUUCUUGUUGUUACUAGUUAG